AUGCUCCAUACUGUCCUGCUGUGUGUGGAUAUGUCCUUAGCAAUCCAGGCCAUGCUGACAUCAGACACUGGCAAUGGGAGACUUGCGGACUUUAACUCUGGAACCUAUACUGGCAGAUACAGCUACCCAGGAUUACUGCGCAAAGUGAAAGAGUCCGGGCCUGUCGUGCCAGGAAGCUUGGCGAGAUCUGAACUGAUCAGAAUGGACACAGGAACAGCAGAAGAAGAUCUAAUGGAAGAUUACAGCCUACUGGACCCAAGGGUGCUGUCGCUGGAGGUCUCUUCCCGCGAGGAGCGUUCGCCAAGGAGGUGCGUUCAGCUUCUGGAGUCAUGUGUGGGACACCUGCCUUGCUGCAGCCCCUGCGCUACCUGUUACUGCCGUUUCUUCAAUGCCAUUUGCUACUGCAGAAAAACUAGCACCAAUUGCCACCAAGGCAAGAAUUAG